UACCCGCCGAAGGGCGGCCGGAACGAAAGCUAAGGAGCAGCCGCGCUUCCCGCCCACAACCAGCCCGAGAGGCCGCCCGCGCCGUGCUCACCGGCACACCCCAAACCCAACCGAGCCCAGCCUGCAGGAGCACGGAGCGCAUCCUUGUCUCACACAUUUCCCUGGCGGCAGUGCCUUUAGGAGUCAGCCUGCUCGGGAGUUUAUGAGCUCGAGUCAACUUUUUCGACCCAAGUUCACCGAGACCCCCCUCUCCAGCGCUCCCCGCGCGCAGCGCAAGUUAGCGAGGAGGGAGGGGAGUCUCCAUCGCUCUCCCGGGGAAUUAACUGGGCUAUCCCGGUACUGGGGUCCUGCCACGUGGAAGCCACCAUCUGCCUCCUGCACAAGCCAAGGGUACAAGGGGCAGCAGGGGUGACAGCAACAAUUGGAACAGCGACAGGAGUCAACGCACCGCCAGCCAGGGACGCGCGGCGCGUCCCAGCGCACGCGGCUCACCGCUGACGCGCGCCCUCUGCCCCGCCCACCGCUCAUCCCUAUUGGCUGUCCGAGUGAAGCCACGCCCCGAACCCGCGGUAGGCGGGGCAGCGGCCGCCGGGGGCCGUCACGUGACUCUCGGGCUGUCCCCGCCCCCCCCUCGGACGUGCCGGGAUCCGGAAACGCGGAGGGAGUUCCGGGAGUUCCGGGGCUCGGAGGGUGCCAAGGGUGUGGGGAUCCCGCCUCAUCCCCUUACCCCUUCAUGGCGCACAUCACCAUAAAUCAGUACUUGCAGCAAGUACAAGAAGCCAUUGAGACCAGAGAUGGUACGUUUUGUGCAGAAUUAGUGUCAUUUAAACAUCCACAUGUUGCAAACCCAAGGCUGCAGCUUCCAUCUCCAGAGGAGAAGUGUCAACAAGUUUUGGAAUCUCCAUAUGAUGAAAUGUUUGCAGCCCACCUAAGGUGUACUUACGCUGUUGCAAACCACGACUUCGUAGAAGCAUACAAAUGCCAAACAGUUAUUGUCCAAUCUUUCCUGCGAGCGUUUCAGGCACAUAAAGAAGAAAAUUGGGCCUUACCUAUUAUGUAUUCUGUAGCCCUUGAUCUUCGAAUUUUUGCUAACAAUGCAGAUCAACAGCUUGUGAAGAAAGGGAAAAGCAAAGUUGGUGACAUGUUGGAAAAAGCAGCAGAGCUGCUGAUGGGCUGCUUCCGAGUCUGUGCCAGUGACACUCGAGCAGGCAUCGAAGACUCAAAAAAGUGGGGCAUGUUGUUUCUUGUGAAUCAGCUGUUUAAAAUUUAUUUUAAGAUCAACAAGCUCCAUCUCUGUAAGCCCUUAAUUAGAGCAAUUGACAGCUCAAAUCUGAAGGAUGAGUAUAGUAUGGCACAGAGAGUUACAUACAAAUACUAUGUUGGACGCAAGGCCAUGUUUGACAGUGACUUUAAGCAAGCUGAAGAGUAUCUGUCAUUUGCCUUUGAGCACUGUCACCGAUCAAGCCAGAAGAACAAAAGAAUGAUUUUGAUCUACUUGCUGCCAGUAAAAAUGUUGUUGGGCCAUAUGCCAACAGUUCAGCUCUUAAAAAAGUAUGACCUUAUGCAGUUUGCUGAAGUAACAAAGUCUGUGAGUGAAGGAAAUCUUCUUCUACUGAAUGAUGCUCUGACAAAGCAUGAGACCUUUUUUAUUCGAUGUGGAAUCUUUCUUAUCCUUGAGAAGCUGAAAAUCAUCACAUACAGGAAUCUCUUCAAGAAAGUAUAUUUACUACUCAAAACUCAUCAGCUCUCUCUAGAUGCUUUUCUGAUUGCUCUGAAGUUUAUGCAAGUAGAUGAUGUUGAUAUUGAUGAAGUCCAGUGUAUUUUAGCUAACCUUAUAUAUUUGGGUCACAUUAAAGGCUACAUAUCCCAUCAGCAUCAGAAGCUUGUGGUCAGCAAGCAGAACCCAUUUCCUCCACUGUCAACAGUGUGUUGUUGAGUAUUGCAUCUUAGCCAUGCAAGUACUCUUCAGAUGCUCGGCUUGCCCAGUGGAACUGCUCCCAGUGACCCCAAGAACACUGUAAAUGGCCUGGUUCUUGUCCAGGACUGAAAUAUCAGGAACUGUUUGUGGCUUCUUUCCCAGAAUGGCCAAGGCUGCCAGUGUUACAAAGUGCAUUGAAAUGAAGUGCUGACUUUUAAAUGGUCAUUUCCACAGGCUUUCUAGAUCAUUCAGAGUAUUUCAUAAAGCAAAGCAUUCCAAAUUCCUUCUGAACUACUUAAAAGCUUUUAUAAAGUACUUCAUGUUACUAUUUCUGUGUUUAUUCUUCAGAGAGAAGUAUCAGCCUUUGUUACUUGUGUUAACCCAUUCUUCAGAGUGGAAGUAAUGUUUUCUUACAUGGUUUCCAGUUCUUUUUAAGUCUCAAUAAUUUUGCUGGUAUUAAAUAUUCUCUUCAAACUGUCUCUAAAAAGUAGAGAAGUGUUUGACACCAAAAA